AUGGACAAGACCUUCUCAUAUAGAAGAUAUGAGGUGGUACGGGAUGCUCCACUGGUCCAAGACUUCAAAGAAAGAUGGCCAGGCCUGUUUGACGUGUAUGAGAUUAACGCUGAGUUCAAGAGACUGACAACCAUCCCUCUUCAGUCCCGUUUCCUCUCUCAGUUGGACAUCUUCUCUAACAAACUCCUAGCCCUGUUUAAGAAGAGGGGAGGACAAAUUGGAAAGAAGCUGCAAGAACUGAUGAAAUCCAUGACAGAUGAAUACAGUGAUGAAGCUGUCGAUGCUGGAAGGGAGUGUAUUUUGAAGGCAUUAUGCGUGUACCUGAACGAGGACCCUGACAUCUUGAUAAAAGAGCAUGUGGCCGCUCUUGUCCGUUCUGCUGGAGCCGUCUUUGAACUGUCUGUCAGAGAGUAUAAACGCUUAUGUCGGGAGAGACUCAGUUUUGGCCCCGGGGAGCGCUCCAUCACAAACCACUCCAUCGAUCCAAGACCGAGGCACCUGGAGCCGGGCCAAGGAUCCUGA